UCAUCUUCUUGUGUUUCUUCUUCCUGAAACAAAACAACGAAUAUUUUCUUUUCUUUUCUUGGUGUUCUUUCAAAGACAAGUAUGGGCGGCUCUCCAUCUCCUUGUGCGUCUUGCAAGCUAUUGAGGCGAAGAUGCACAAAGGACUGUAUAUUUGCCCCUUACUUUCCUUCCGAUGACCCUCGCAAGUUUGCCAUUGUUCACAAGGUCUUUGGUGCUAGCAAUGUCAGCAAAAUGUUGCAGAGGAUCCCAGUUCAUCAGAGAGCAGAUGCUGUGCGCAGUUUAGUGUAUGAAGCAAGUGCAAGAGUGAGAGACCCAGUGUAUGGGUGUGUUGGGGCAAUAUAUUACCUUCAAAAUCAAGUAUCAGAUUUAGAAAUGCAGCUUGCAGAAGCUCAGGCAGAGAUACUUUGCAUUCAGAUGCAGCAACAACCUACCAUCACAAACCAAUAUCAUGGUGAUGUGAAGUCAUCACAAUUUUCAGUUAGCAAUUUUAAUAGCAGUCCUCAAAUAUUUAACUUUGCAUCUUCUAGCAAUGUAAUAAUGCAAGACCCUCUUAAGAGAGAGUCUUUUUGGACUUAAUUGCCGGAAAUAUGGAUUGACUAACUCAUGUGGGUCAACCCGAAUCCAUAUUUUUCUAGUUUGAGAAAUAGAAAUAUUUAUUAAAAAGAAUUAAUAAACCUGU